GCCUUUUCUUCCUAUUUAAGACCUUUUCUUGAUUUCUAGUCUAUACUCAUUUUUUAAUGUUUCUGUUGAAUUUUAGCUAUUUCUGACUUUCAGAUAAACAUAUUGUUUAUAGAACAUCAGAAGUCUCAUGUUUGUGAUGCCAAAAUGAAAAGUUGGUGAAACCCUGGGGAAAUCAACCCAUGCACUAAAAAUGUCUAAGACUGGAACCAAGAUUACUUUCUAUGAAGAUAAAAAUUUUCAGGGCCGCCACUAUGACUGUGAUUGCGACUGUGCAGAUUUCCACUCCUACCUAAGUCGCUGCAACUCCAUUAGAGUGGAAGGAGGCACAUGGGCUGUGUACGAAAGGCCCAACUUUGCUGGGCACUUGUACAUCUUACCUCAGGGGGAGUACCCUGAAUACCAGAGAUGGAUGGGCCUCAAUGACCGCCUGGGCUCCUGCAGAGCUGUUCAUCUGUCUAGUGGAGGCCAAUACAAGAUUCAGAUCUUUGAGAAAGGGGAUUUUAAUGGUCAGAUGUAUGAAACCACUGAAGAUUGUCCUUCCAUCCUGGAGCAAUUUCACAUGCGAGAGAUCCACUCCUGUAAGGUGUUGGAGGGUGUCUGGAUUUUCUAUGAGCUACCCAACUUCCGUGGCAGACAGUACCUCCUGGACAAGAAGGAGUACCGGAAGCCCAUCGAUUGGGGUGCAGCUUCCCCUGCUGUUCAGUCGUUCCGCCGCAUUACGGAGUAAUGACAUGAAUGGGGCCACAGAUUUCUUCCUAACUUAGUGCUGGAUGGCCUUUGUAGUCCAAAUAGACACCAUAAAUAAAAUAAUUGGCAUGCAUC